AUGGAGGACGUUAAUCAUUUGGACACUUCAACUACAACUGUUAUUACCAAUAUAAAUACAGUUACACAGACCGACAAAGAUGAUAAACUUGUAAACAACAAUGUUCCUGAACAUCACUCUGAGAUUUGUAAGAAGACAUUCUCUUCAGAACAUGAAGUCUCCAUGCACAAAGAAAUACACAAUAAGGUAACAGCCUAUCAUUGUGACAUUUGUGGAAAAUACUUUGUCUCAAACAAUAAUUUAACAAUACACAAGAGAAUACACUCUGGAGAAAAACCGUUUCACUGUGAAAUGUGUGGAAAAUCAUUCUCUGAUAAUUCUAAUUUUGUAGUUCACAAACGAAUACAUACUGGAGAGAGACCUUACCACUGUGAAAUAUGUGGAAAAUUGUUCUCCGAUAAUUCUAGUCUUGUAGUUCACAUACGUAGUCACACUGGCGAAAAACCAUUUCAUUGUGAAAUUUGUGGGAAAUAUUUUGUCAAGAAUGGCGACUUAAAAAAACAUAUAAGAAAACAUACUGGAGAAAAACCUUUUCCUUGUGAAAUCUGUGGGAAAUCUUUCUCUGAUAAUUCUAAUCUUAAAUACAAUCUCAUUAAUCAUAACUAG